CAUCAGCUGGGCACAGGGAGCGGAGCCGUCCAAAUGCGCUCAGCCGCACUGUAAAUUCUGUUCGUUUGUCUUCUUCUCCUUCGGAUCACUGCUGACCUCCAUAAACUCAAAAUGGGUUAGAGAGAGAAUGUCUGGAUUGUUCGGUCUCUCCACUUUGCGAGGAUGGGGAGUUGGAUUUUCAGUUUUUACAGAGGCACCUUGACAAAGAAGAAAGAAAAUAGAGACGGGAACUGAUUUGUAUCCCCUGUUCUUCCAUUUUCUUUCUUUAUUUUUCCCUUUUUUGAGAAAUGAUUGCAGAGUUGGUGUGCAGUGCCGUGGCUCUGGUCCUCUAUCUGAACACCUUGGGCGCUGAUUUCUGCUACGAUGACAGCCGAGCGAUCAAAUCCAACCAGGACCUCCUCCCGGAAACCCCCUGGACCAACAUCUUCUACAACGACUUCUGGGGCACCCUGCUCACCCACAGCGGCAGCCACAAGUCAUACCGGCCCCUCUGCACGCUCUCCUUCCGCCUCGACCACGCCCUGGGCGGGCUGGAGCCCUGGGGCUACCACCUGGUGAACAUCAGCCUCCACGCCGUGGUGACCGGGCUGUUCGCCCGCCUCUCGCGCCUCCUCCUGGGGGGCGGGCGCUGGACGCUGGCGGCCGGGCUCCUCUUCGCCUCCCACCCCGUGCACACCGAGGCGGUGGCGGGCGUGGUGGGCCGGGCCGACCUGGGGGCCGGGCUCUUCUUCCUGCUGUCGCUGCUGUGCUACGUCCGGCACUGCGCCCUGAGGCCCGGGCCGGCCCCAGGGCCCUCCCGCUGCUGGCUGUGGCUCCCCCGGUGCUGGGCGUGGCUGCUGGGGACACUGGCGUGCGCUGGCUGUAGCAUGCUGUGGAAGGAGCAGGGCGUGACCACUCUGGCCGUGUCGGCCGCCUACGACGUCUUCGUCUUCCAUCGGCUGAAGCUGCGGCAGGCCCUGGGGCUGUUCUUUAAGAGGAAGAAUGGGGGCCUGCUCCUCAGCGUGAGCCUGCUGGCUUCCUGGGGGGCCAUUUUGUUGGGUCUGCGGUUGUACUGGAUGGGCAACAAACCACCAAACUUCUCAAACUCCGACAACCCGGCGGCCGACUCCUCCAGCCUGCUCACCAGAGCCCUCACCUUCCUGUAUCUGCCUGCGGCCAACCUGUGGCUGCUCCUGUGCCCCAACACCCUGAGCUUCGAUUGGUCCAUGGACGCCCUCCCCCUGCUCAGGACCGUGUCUGAUUGGAGGAACCUUCACAGCGUUGCCUUCUACCUCGGGCUGGCGGCGCUGGCCCGUUUCUGCCUGAGGAGCCCAGCCAAGCUUCGUGAGACCAAUGGGAAAGCCUACAUCUCCAACGGCAAUGGCAAGUCCAGCACCAACGGGCACGGCUACCACCCGGACCCGGAGCAGGCAGACUCCGGAUUGGAGCCGGCUAAGAGCGCGGAGAAUGGCACCAGGAACCACUACGCUCCCAAGCCCCGGCCCCUGCCUGACACGGAGGCCGUGGUGGUGUUCUCUUUGGGCCUGAUGGCGGUUCCCUUCCUUCCCGCCACCAACCUGUUCUUCUACGUGGGCUUUGUGAUCGCCGAGCGCGUGCUGUACAUUCCCAGCAUGGGCUUCUGCCUGCUGGUCGCCGUGGGAACGCGGGCGCUAUUCGUGCGGCUUCGCAGCCGAACGUCCCGGACUGCGCUGCUCUACGGUACUGCCGCCCUGGUCCUGCUCUACGGGAUUAAAACGGUGCUCCGCAACCAGGACUGGCACAACGAGGAGAUGCUGUACCGGUCUGGGAUCACCGUCAACCCCGCUAAAGCAUGGGGUAACCUUGGCAAUGUCCUGAAGAACCAAGGCAAGAUGGCAGAGGCAGAGAGAGCCUACAGGAACGCGCUGUACUACCGUAGCAACAUGGCUGACAUGCUAUACAACCUCGGGCUGCUACUGCAAGAAGGCAGCCAACUCUCUGAAGCCCUGCACUACUAUAAGCUGGCCAUCGGGAGCAGACCGACGUUAGCCUCUGCAUACUUGAACACGGGCAUCAUCCUGAUGAACCAGGGCCGGCUGGACGAGGCCAAGAGGACGUUCCUCACUUGUGCCAACAUCCCCGACGAGAACCUGAAGGACCCCCACGCCCACCGGAGCUCCGUGACCAGCUGCCUCUACAACCUGGGGAAACUGCUGCACGAGCAGGGGCAUCAGGAGGAAGCUCUGUCAGUAUAUAAGGAAGCCAUGCAGAAAAUGCCCAGACAGUUCGCUCCUCAGAGCCUCUACAACAUGAUGGGUGAGGCGUAUAUAAGGCUGAACAGACUGCAGGAGGCGGGGCACUGGUACAGAGAGUCUCUGCGUGCCAAACCUGAUCACAUCCCCGCCCACCUCACCUACGGAAAACUCCUGGCUAUGAUGGGACAGAAAACUGAAGCAGAACAGUACUUUCUGAAGGCCAUCAGCCUGGAUCCUACCAAGGGGAGCUGCUACAUGCAUUACGGUCAGUUCCUGUUGGAAGACUCCCGCUUACAGGAAGCAGCCGAGAUGGCGGAGAAAGCGGCCAGGCUGGAGAGUGGGGAGUUUGACGUGGUCUUCAAUGCCGCACACAUGCUCAGACAAGCUGGUCUCAACGACGCCGCUGAGAAGUACUAUGGGGUAGCAGCGAGCCUGCGGCCUGAUUACCCUGCUGCUCUGAUGAACCUGGGGGCCAUCCUUCACCUGAACGGAAAGCUACCAAGGGCCGAAGCCAAUUACCUGCGAGCGCUACAACUCAAACCCGAUGAUGUCAUCACCCAGUCCAACCUGCGCAAGCUGUGGAACAUCAUGGAGAAGCAGGGCCUAAAGACCAUGGGGCCCUGAGUGAGAACACCAUAGGGGCCCAAAUCGGAACACUAUGGGGGUCCCGGGACAGAACACCACAUGGCUCCCAAGUCUCAGCACUAUGGAGCCCUGCGACUGAACACUACGAGGCCUCGAAUCUGAACUCUAUGGGGCCCCUGACUCUAAACAAGAUGGAUCCCUGGAGUCUGUGUCCGACCCUUUGUGAAUCUCUCUGGCUCCUAGCUCCUACAUGCUGAGGUCAGCCCUUACAGUGCGGAGGUCUACACUUCCAGUGCAGAGGUCUCUCCUUAUAGUGCAGAGGUCAAAGACACUAGAAUUUAGCCACUUUCUGAAAGACUAUGAACACUUUUUAGAACCAGUCCAAAAGUGAAGCAAAAGGACCUCUUCAUUAUUGCCACAGGCCUGAACCUGGGCCACAGCUGCAUUCUGGAAGUCUGGCAGUAAAAUACAUUUCAACCUGUUUUCUGUGUUUAGAGCAUAUUUCGGGUGUUCUGGGCCAGUGUGAGAACAGCAGACUGAAAUUUGGGUUUGUGUCUCAUAAUGUGCUGUUGGGUUGGUGUCUCACUCAUACUGUGCUGUUGGUUUGGUGUCUCACUCAUUGUGUGCUGUUGGGUUGGUGUCUCACUCAUACAGUGCCUUUGGGUAGGUGUCAGACCGAUGCAGUGCUGUUUGGUUCUCUCAUACAGUGCUGGUGGGUUGGAGUAUCACUCAUGCAGUGUUGUUAGGUUGGUGUAUCACUCAUACAGUGUUGUUGCGUUUGACAGCAUAGAUGUGAGCAUGCACCAUUCUCUUUAGGGUUUCCAAUGAAAAUGUUGACAGAUUUCAUGAUGUCAUUCCUAGCCUUUCAUGUAUACCAACAUGUAUACCAACCUACCUACCUAACUACAGAAUUAAAAACGCACACACAUCCACUAUCAUAUGCAUUAUUCCCAGGAAGGCGUUCAGAACAGGAAAAUGGUCCAGUGUUGGUACUUCUGGAGUCUGUGAGGACUAAUGUGGAUAUGUUCUUACUUUUCACUGCUUAGGUUCCACAUGGAGGGAGCAGGCUGCUAGACUUGUCUGUGGAUAAAACAGUGGAUUUAGAAAAGAACUUGAUGAACUGAGUUUGUGUAUUCUGCUGUAAUGGACUGACACCUUCAUCCCCGAACACUGUACGCAAUAUCAAAACAUUCAGACUUCCUCUGACUGAUAUCUGUAGCUCUUUCUAUUUAAGGUACAGUACCGGGUAGGAAAUGUUUCACCUGCCCAAGUGCACCUACAUGUUCUGUUAUGAAUGAUGUGUAAGUCAUUGAAGUUUUUACCAAAUAUGUGUUUACUGCGGUAAAGAAAUUACUUAGAGUGGCUGUUUAUUUUUGCGCAGAAAGGUUAGAUGUCCGAACUCCACUCUGCCUUAUCGUUUCACCAGAAAACGCUGAACACCGUCACGGUAGGUCCGGUAGGCGGUUAAACGCAGACCUUCACUUCCCGGGAGUGAUCUGAACACCAUACACCCCUGCUUCUGUGUCCUAGCAACAGCUGUACUCUCUGAAAGCUCAAUACAGUAAAUCUAAGGUACGACUUCCUGUCCAGUGAACAUGAGAAAGCUGCUCAGCUGGUUUUGAUGAGUAACAAGGACUUAUCUCCUGUUAAUUUUGCAGAAUGUUCCAGAAGCGCAAGGAUGUUUAACAGAAGCCAAAUGUACACGCCUACAACACCUGCCUUCCUUCAUACUCUGCACAACCACAGACAUUGUUUUCCAUCUGUGAGGGAUUCUUUAAAUGUGUAUCGGUUUGUUUGUUUAAUACUUUAUUUCAUUUGUAUUGGCGUGUAUAAAGAAACUUUAAUAUAUAUUUUAAACAUCGCAUUAUGGGAAAGACAAGCCCAGGUUUGAAACGGAAGUACACACGCAAGCCCUUUACUGGCCCACCGUGUGAUCUGAGAAGAUGUUCGAUAAUAACCCUAUUAUAUCCGAUCCUCUCCCAAGUCUUAGCGCGUGUGUGUUUUCAUUUGUAUAUCUUACUGUUGUACUGUAGGGUGUGAGUAUUUUCCAGUAUUUAGCCACAUUAAGCAUGGACUGAACACUGCCCAGCAGUACAGUAUCAGGAAUCUCCGUUUGGAAGUAAGAAAGCUAUUUCUUAAGAUAAGAGUAAUGUUGUAUAUUACUUGUAUUUUUAAUUCUUUUAAAAUCAAUUGAUUUAAUUUGACUCUUAACUUAUUUCUGUGUGUUAAUGUGGCUAACAAAACAGCUGGCACUGUGAUGAGUUUCGAAAUAUUUACAAAAGAGAAUCUAUAACAUGGCUCCAGUGCAAACUGGUUUAUGAAAUAUUCCCUUUUGUCGAAUGUGUGGAAAUUAUGAAUAUAAUUUGAAGUUGAAGUUUACUUUGUCACCAGCUUCAGUAUGGGUCUAACCCUGUCUCUUUCUGCCUCACCAUCAGAGAGAAAAUAUGGGUUUAAUAUACAAACAACACAUUCAGCUGUGGAUGAAAAUCAAUCAUAUAUAAUAUAUAUGGAUUGAGAUUUGUCCCUUUAGAUUCAUAUGGACAAAAAGUACCCAGGAACAGUUCCUGAAUGUUUCUGGCUCAACUGCAGUUCUGUUGUCACAAAUAAUUUGCAAAUAAAGUGACUUUAUGCUUACAUGCAAUCAUUUAAUUACCCUGAAGAUAGAAAACGAGUGGGAGAAAGAAAAAAAUAUCAUGUUGCCAACGAACUAAGUCUAAUCUCAGCCCUCAGAAGGUCAUUGGUAGUACUGUAAGCCAUGAUUACUGUGUGACGCGUUUGUGUUUUGUUCCAUUAUUAUCUGUUUACCUGUGGUCUGUGUGCGACCUCAUCUGUACUUUGUUUUCCCAUAAGCUCAGCAGGAUGUGCGGUUACUAUGGUUGCGCGCCGCUGUGCUUGGUCUGGGGUGACGUCAUAGCGGGCCACACUCGCCCUGCAGAGAACUCACCGCAUUCUGUAAAGGUUCUGUUCCAGAGGGAAGCGAGCCUUUCGUUUAGUGUCUCCGCUCAGGGAUUUCAAACAGUGGGCUAUUGCAGGUUUGUGCUCACGCAGCGGUUGGAGAUUUUACUAAAUUAAAAGUUUUAUUUUUUGAAAACUGUUGUAUUUGAAUAAAUUAUCAAAAUUUGUAGCAUUUCCGUUUUUUGUAUUAUAAUAACACAUACGCCAGACUAGGCUUCCCCAAAAUGUUGCUUUUUCCACAAUAAAUUCAUGGUGACAUGUCUCUGUGCCUAAA